GGCGCGCCCGGCCAUGAAGCAGGAGGGCGCGUCCCGCCGCCGCGGCGACAAGGCCAAGGCCCCCCCCGACGGGCCGCCGCCCGCCCCCGACGUGGAGAUGCAGGAGGAGGCAGCGGCGGCCGAGGCGGCCGGGGAGCGGCAGCCGCAGCGAGAGCUGGACGCCGUCACGUUGGAGGAUAUCAAAGAGCACGUGAAGCAGCUGGAGAAGGCCGUGUCGGGGAAGGAGCCGCGCUACGUCCUGCGUGCCUUGCGGGCUCUGCCCUCCACCUCCCGCCGACUCAACUCCAACGUGCUUCACAAAGCCAUCAAUGGCUUCUUCACCUCCAACAGCGCCGUGCGGGACUUUCUCCUCGGCUUCCUGGAGGAGUCCAUGGACACGGAAGCCGAGCUGCAGUUUCGCCCGCGGACGGGGAAGGCGGCCUCAGCCCCUCUCCUGCCAGAAGUGGAGACCUACCUCCAACUCCUUCUCGUCAUCUACCUGAUGAACAGCAAGCGAUACCCGGAGGCUCAGAAAGUGUCCGACGACCUGAUGCAGAAGAUCAGUUCCCAAAACCGCCGGGCCCUUGACCUGGUGGUGGCAAAAUGUUAUUACUACCACUCCCGCAUCUACGAAUUCCUGAAUAAACUCGACGUGGUCAGGAGCUUCCUGCAUGCCCGGCUACGGACGGCCACGCUGCGCCACGAUGCGGACGGGCAGGCCACCCUCCUGAACCUGCUGCUGAGGAACUAUCUCCACUACAACCUCUACGACCAAGCAGAAAAACUCGUCUCCAAGUCCGUAUUUCCCGAGCAGGCCAACAACAACGAGUGGGCCCGGUACCUCUAUUACACAGGGCGCAUCAAGGCCAUCCAGCUGGAGUACUCGGAGGCGCGGAGGACCAUGACGAACGCCCUGCGGAAGGCACCGCAGCACACGGCCGUCGGCUUCAAGCAGACGGUGCACAAGCUGCUCAUCGUGGUGGAACUGCUGCUGGGGGAGAUCCCGGACAGGCUCCAGUUCAGACAGCCCAGCCUCAAGCGGUCGCUCAUGCCCUACUUCCUCCUGACUCAGGCCGUCAGGACCGGGAAC